GCCGGGGCGUGAAAUUGACACGUAGCCUCGGCUCACCGGCCGCAGCUGGGGCUGGCUCUGGGGCGCGCGUGGCCCCGGCAGCAGCUGGGAGGCUGCAGGAGGGUUUCUCCGGGGGGCUGGAGAGCACGGGGAGGGGCUCGCAGGGGAGGCGGGGCUGCGCUCCGGGGUCCCUCUCGUCCUGCCCGUGGAGGGAGGCUGGGACCCGCCUCAGCAAGGAGCCGGGGGGGGACCUGGCUGUGGCUGGAAGAUGUCCCUGGCAGGAGGGCGCAGAGUCUCCCUUUGCAAAGGUGUCGCCCGGGAGAGCUGUGGGAGAAAAUUUGGGUCACUCCUCCUUGCCAUGAGCCAAAAGAAUGAUGCUGAGGGUCAUCCCCAAUCAGUUUCUAGAGCAGCGUCCUCUCUUUGUGGAGAACACAGAGCACGAGUAUCCCACGCCGAAGUCACUCCCAGAUCCAUCCAUGACUGAGGGACCCUCUGCUCCAGUUGAGCCAGAACUGCUGUCCUCCAACCUAACCAACUCUACAGACUGUGGAGAGGAGAUCCUCCUCUAUGGGGACACUGAGAAAAUCGUGAUUGGGACAGUGCUCUCCAUCAUCACCUUAAUGACCAUCGCGGGCAACGCCUUGGUCAUCAUCUCUGUGUGCAUUGUCAAGAAGCUCCGGCAGCCCUCGAACUACCUGGUGAUCUCCUUGGCAGCGGCCGACCUCUCUGUCGCCUUUGCGGUCAUGCCCUUCGUGAUCAUUACGGAUCUGGUGGGAGGGGAGUGGCUGUUUGGGAAGGUGUUUUGCAAUGUGUUCAUCGCCAUGGAUGUCAUGUGCUGCACCGCUUCCAUCAUGACCUUGUGUGUCAUCAGCGUGGACAGGUACUUGGGGAUCACACGGCCGCUGACAUACCCUGUGAGACAAAACGGGAAACUAAUGGCCAAGAUGGUGUUCAUAGUUUGGCUUCUUUCUGCCUCCAUAACUCUUCCUCCGCUGUUUGGCUGGGCCAAGAACGUCAACGUUGAAAGGGUCUGCCUCAUCAGCCAGGACUUUGGAUACACCGUCUACUCCACUGGGGUAGCCUUCUAUAUCCCCAUGACAGUCAUGCUUGUCAUGUACAGCCGGAUCUACAAAGCCGCCAAGGUCAGUGCAGAGAAACACCGGUUCAUGAACUUCCCCAGACACCAGGAGAAGGAGGGGGUGUACUGCAUGGACGUCAGCGUCCGAGGCCAUCACAGCUCCAAGCGCAGCAAGGCGGUGGAGGAGUGCGCCACCUUGUCCAAACUGCUCCGGCAAGAUCGAAAGAACAUUUCCAUCUUCAAAAGGGAGCAGAAAGCAGCGAGAACCCUCGGCAUUAUCGUGGGGGCCUUUACCUUUUGCUGGUUUCCCUUCUUCCUGAUGUCCACGGCCCGGCCUUUCAUUUGUGGUAUCCAGUGCAGCUGCAUGCCCCUGCGGCUGGAGAGGACCCUGCUGUGGCUGGGUUACACCAACUCCCUGAUCAACCCCUUGAUCUAUGCUUUCUUCAACCGCGAUCUAAGGACUACUUUUUGGAACCUUCUGCGGUGCAGGUACAGGAACAUCAACAGGAGGCUGUCUGCAGCCAGCAUGCAUGAGGCCUUGAAAGUCACAGAGAGACAUGAGGGCAUCUUGUAAAUCUCCAGGAAGGUCACGUUCCUUAGCCUACUGCAAGCGCUGAGUGCCUAAUUAAAGAACUCCUGCUUGUCCAUCUAGCCUGUUGCAGGGUUCCCUUUUUGAUUGCCUAUCCGGCUUGGCAAAUAUGUGCAUUGUUCCUCUGCCAGAGUUAACCAUCGCCAAAAUUGCACAAGUGCUUGUCACCCAAGAGGUGUUCAAGUUUGAGUAGCCAAGGGCCACACCUACAGCAGAAGAAAUCAUAGCCCUUCCUUUUUCCUCUUUGAUAGGAGGAUGCAGCCCAUGGAGACAGCAGUUCACGCCAAUGUGUGGUGCAUGAGAAGGCAAGUCAGGAUCUCCUGGGUUCUCUUCCAAGCUCUGCCACUGACUGACAGUGUGACCUUGGGCCAGUCAUUUAUAGCUCCGUGCCUCCGUUUCCCAAUCUGUAAAAACAGGAAUACCACUCACCUUUGCAAAAGGCUUUGAGAUCUGUGGAGGGGGAAAGCACUAUGUGCUAUUCUUGGAUAAUCUCAUCGGCUGCAUUUCCGUAGCAAACAGGAAAGCAGCGUUAUAGAUGUCAAUGGAACACAUUGUAAGCCCUACACUUUGCAUCCCUGCUUAUAAACUGUUGCAACUGAUUUGGUUCCAUUGUACACUCUCAAGCCAGUUCUAAGUUUGCAUGGCAGGGAACGAUGCCAAUGACCCUCUUUCCGCAAGCCCUUGUGUUACAGUACCUGAAAGUGGCAUGCUUAAAAAUAACAGUGCAAAACCUUGUUUAACGGCCUAUUUAUAUCAGAGAAGUGAGGAGCAAGUAAAGACUGCUGUAUUUACUGGGAUAUAUUAUAUAGUUCAUUCACAGCCUAGUGAUGUGCUUUCCUAAUUUUGUGGCUAAUUGAUUAAUCAAGGCAGUACAUAAAAGCACGCUUUGGUUGACAAGAGACAAAAAUGUAUUAUUUCACUGACUGCUUUACAGUGAUGCACCAUAAUGUACAGAAAACGUGAAAAAUACCAUACUGAACAAGGUGUCAUUCUUUUACAAAGUUUCUUUAUCCCUAUCUAGAUUUUUUUUUUUUUUUUUUUUUUUUUUUACAUAUUCAGACUUUUGGUGCAUUUUUUCCACCCUUUGACAUAGCUCUGUUUGGCCCUGAUCCCAAACCUACUGAAGUCAACAGAAAGAACAUCCACUGAUUUCUGUGGGCUUUGGAUCAGGUGCCCUUGUGAAUUUAAAACUUAAGGCACUGGCCUCCUAAGCCAGGGAUUGUGGGUUCGUGUCCCAUCUGGGGUGAAAAACUUUUAGGGGGGGUGGGAUAGCUCAGUGGUUUGAGCAUUGGCCUGCUAAACCCAGGGUUGUGAGUUUAAUCCUUGAGGGGGCCAUUUAGGGAUCUGGGGCAAAAAUUGGGGAUUGGUCCUGCUUUGACUCAAUGACCUCCUGAGGUCCCUUCCAACCCAGAUAUUCUAUGAUUCCAAGGCUGAAGAAGAGAUUGUACUAACACACGGGGGAUCAUGGUCUCUUCUUUCCCCGGGAUUUUGGUCUCUUCUUUCCCAGGGAUUUCCUUCGUUAAGCCCUACAAAAAGGCAAGACUGAAGUAUGAAAUAGAGGCCCUCCUAUUACUUUGAGAGAAAGAAAAUAUCUCAAAAGUUCUCCUAAGUCAAGAUGAGUUUCCUUUAGGCUCAUUGCCAUCCUAGCUGUUAAACCUCAAGUCAAGGGAAAUAUAGUCAAUGGACUUGAUGGAUCGUUGUAGUACAUUAUCUGCUCUGAACACGACGGGCGUUCACAGCUGGAUUUUUCAGAAAGUAUCCACAAAAUGCAUUGAAUGAUAUCCUGGCCCGAUUGAAAUCAAUGGGAGUUUUUCACUGAUGGGGGGUGGGGGGAAGCAGAGUGUGUGUGGGGGGGGGGGGGGCAGGGUUUGAAGGGAAAGUAGUCCUCCCCCACCCCACCCCACCCCAAUACCAGGUCAAAUUACCAGCCCCACACAUUCCGUGUCCAGCCUCCAGCAUUCGCUGAUCAUUAUUUAGAAGUUGGGAGCUCCCAAAAUGGGCUAGGCACUUUCCAGACAUGUAAGCAGACCCAGUCCCUUCCUCAAGAGCGUACAGUCCACAGUGGCAAAGGUGGAUGAAGGGCAGAGGAGACACAAUAUACAAAUGAAGCCAUGUGGCUAUUCACAGGCAGGUGGCGAAUUAGUUACACGUGUGAGUUUCUUUUAACAUCCAAUGUAUUGUGCUCUCUGCUCAGCAACCACACUCCACAGUUUGGCCCGCUUAUCUUCUUGCUCCCCUGCCCCCCAUGCAUCCUUACGUGUUUUACUCCUUCCUUCCAGCAGUUCACUCUCAAGAUUCGUACAUGAAAUAGCUACCGAGAUGACUUGCUGAUCGAAGAUGUGCAAGUCCCCCUAUGAUGGGCACCAAAGUAAGGCCAAGAUCCAGCUCUGAUGUGCGUGUUCUAGGGCUUUAAAAAGACAAGGGAUCCUCUUUCAUUCUAGAGCCACAUGGUACAUCAUCUUGACUGUUAUGCAGAUGUGCUGGCUGGGAUGUCCAGUGGUGUUUCAUGGUACAGUAGGGUGUAUAGUAUAAUAAGCGGGUGUGGCCAGGCCCUCAGCUCAACUGCAUGCUUGGCUUAGAAUGUGUGGAUGGGUAAAAACACAGCCUCACUCCGAGGUUUUACAAUCUCAUCCAGGCAAGGACAGUACAAUCCACACACGCCCAAUGCUAUAAUUUGGCAGCAGACUCCGAAUAGAAAAAUAAAUGUGAUGU